GAGCUCAAGCACACCUUCAUCCACUGAUAUCUGACCGCAGCGCCUCAGAGCCGACCAGAAGCUGCAAUCACUUUCUGUGUCUGCUUUGUAAGAGAAUACAGAAAAAAGAUAUCAGAAAUACUACUGGAAAUUGGAAAAUGCUUGAAUAUCAGGAGUCCGGAGUGAAAGCAACAUCAGGUCAUCUGAUAUCCUUUUCGAUUAUUGACAUACUGGAUCCUAAAAAGUUCGCAAGUAAAAAAUCACAUGCCGUGUCGGAGAAAGAACGGACGUCAUCUUCAGGUAACACCGAAUUUGGAAGUUUGGAGGAAAAGCGCAACGGGAAAGAAAGUACUGGACACGAAGAAUUGACAGGUGAUCAAUCAGCUGAUGACCAUCAAAGUUGCGUCAGACUCCAUCCUCCUGAUCCUGAUGUUGACUUGGACUCAACAACCUCGCUCAGAAAUUUAAGAUCGGGCUUUUCUUCUUGUGAAGAACAAGACAGAAUCGCUCCAGCGGCGGAUGAUCUGUCGCGUCAGCGGCGGCGGCGGUCAGAUCACAGCUGCGCGAAGCCGCGGCGCGCCAGAACCGCGUUCACAUACGAACAGCUGGUGGCUCUGGAGAACAAAUUCCGCGCUACGCGUUAUUUAUCCGUAUGCGAGCGACUAAAUCUCGCGCUGUCUCUGAGCCUGACCGAAACCCAAGUCAAGAUUUGGUUCCAGAACCGAAGGACCAAGUGGAAAAAGCAGAACCCUGGUGCUGAGAGUUCCCUGCAACCCGGUACGAACUCUCUGCAUAACAUCAGCCCGAUCUGUGAGUCCACAUCUGCCCCCCACCCUCCAUUCAGCACCGGAAAUGUCAUCUUUCAUUCUGGUCCAGUGCACCUGGCAUCUUCUGGUGGGCUUUUGCAUCCUUUGUUGCCCGAUGGUUUUCUCCAGGCAGCAUACUUCCCCCCACACUUAUGAAGUCUGGAAGCAGGAAUGAUCGUAGACUAUGUGUAAAUGUGAAUUUAUAAAGUGGAUUACAGUGAUCAUCAGCAGGAUGGGAUUGGCAUUGACUUGAUGUAAUAAUUGAUUAGGCCUAAAAAUGAUUUAUAACUGUUUUCACUGAUAGCUGUGAGCAGAAACACAGUUAAGAUGGAUCCAUCUCUAGGCAUCAAGAAUGAAAAUCUGAAAGAUCUGCUCACACAAAUGCAACUGAAAGAAUGUAUGAUCUGAGAAUCAAAUCAUGGGCCGGCCCACCCUGGCAACCACUGUAAAUCUUAGAGCUGGAUUGUAUAUAUUUAUCUUUCUUUUGUAUAUAUUGUUCGUGUCAACAGUUUGAUACAUUACUGUGGAUUACUAGCAUCAAAUUCUUUAAGUAACUUGAAAUUAAAGA